CAUCCAUCAGGUUUCCUUCCAGUACCCCUACGGUCGAAAUGUCCAACUUUGACUUUGACUUCGCUGAGAAUGAGUGGAAACGGGCGCCUAGGCCAUGGCAAGAGUUCACGCGACACUGGCGCAGUCAAGACGUUGAAAACAUCGUCCGAGAAGAUGUAAUGCAUCUGCACCUGGCCGACGACCUACCUAGCCGCAAUCGUUCAAUCCUUAUACUGGAACCAUAUCGGAGAUUUCAUCGUCAGCUCGUGAAAUAUCAACAGUUACGACCUGAGGGAGCGGUGUUGCUGACAGGGCAGCCCGGGACAGGUUAGUCUACCUUGUC